AGCUGAUCGGGCACGCGUACGUCGUGAGCUCCGCCCCCUCAGCCCGCUGAUACUACGACUCCUACCAGCAGCUGAAUGGGACGGUAUCGGGGGGAUUAGCAGGCAAGCGACCGAUAUAAAACUCUGGUCGAGGUUGUGCGUAACAGGUAGAAGUCAAACCGAAGUCAAACUGAAGCGUGCGCGGCUCUGAAGCAACAAGUUGUCGUCUGCCAAAACGACUCGCGCGAACAGCACGCGACUAAAAACCCCACGACAUUCCGAAACAACACAUUCCAGUGUACUGUACUGUAAUCUGACGAGGAGAGCCGAGUUGGCAAAAAUCCACCUUAUCUAGUGGAACGAUACAAGACUUCGUGAUACAUGAAUGGUGAAUACACCUCAACAUCCAUAGCAUCGGUGGACUUGGAACUUACGUAUCUUUCAGAACUGAGUUAUUCGGGGCAAAUGGUCCUGAUUUCAGUUAACAUUUAAAACACAUCUUCAAGGUUAUAUAACUGGUAUCAUUAUACACCGCAUUCGGAUUUCGCUGCCUCAGUGUUAGGACCAGAAACCACUUGUUGAUACCAACGACUGGAAGAACUUCAGGAAACAAAUCCUUGACGAGGACGCGGAUGAUAGUGUACAUUAAUUUUGCUUUACCGUAAAAGUAGAGGCAAGUCUCAUCUCGUUUUGAAUUAGAAGAUGCUUCACGUGUUGGGAGUCGAAUCUGUGAACAAUCUGUGUAUUGCGGAACGAAUCGCUUGAGGAAUAACUUCAUAAGACCAACGACGCGAGGAUCAUAUUCUCACCUUUAUACAGAUGAUAAUGAUGUCAUAACCCUUCAUCGGUUCUCAGUCGUCAUCAUCGCCAACGACCGGAACAAUCGGACCAAUCGCACUUCUCCUGACCCGUGACGUCAUACCCGUUAUCACAAUGAUUGACAUGGCAGCCCCGCCCACCCAGCUUCACACCAGUCACUUCGUUGAUAUGGCCCCCAUGCUGUCGCUUAAACUCGGUCACACCAACUCGGGCUUUUCCGCGAUCAGCUCAUCGACAGACGUGGAUGCUGUAGCGAGAUUCAAUCCUCUGCCAACCACCAAGGUGCCUAAGCCUCGACCACCUCACAUCACCCUCUCUCAUCCCGGGAACGUCCCAGCUCGUUUCGAUACAACCAUGGCCCCGACUCCGAGAUGUAACCUAGCCAGCCCUAUCGUCCACAGCCCAACGCUACCGGCAUCUGAUCGAGUCCAAAUCAAAAUCGACACAUCUGAUGUCGAGGACUCGCUCUCUCCGACAAUCAUUGCCGCUCCUCAGAUGAUGCUAGGCGGUGCCAAUCCCGACAUGAAGCCAGACAUCAACGCAGAGAUCGGCUCAACAAAUGCCGCUCAGCGAAAUCACUUUUCGCCGCAAGUAACAUGGACCUUCCCCACUGCGGUGAACCCCGCCUUGGCCAGCCAAGGGCUCUCUGAGCUUCAGCAACAACCUCAGUCCCACCAAGCACCAACCAACCCACAUCAGCAGACAUUCACCGUACAUCCUCGAAGCCAGAAAGUAUUUCACCUGCCUCGUCAAGCCAUGCACGCACCGGUGCUGGAGCGGGUAGGCUCGGGUAAAGUCGUACGCCGAAUCUUCACCAAUAGCCGAGAGCGAUGGCGGCAGCAGAAUGUUAACUCUGCAUUUUCCGAGCUUCGCAAGCUUCUACCCUGCCAUCCUGUCGACAAGAAAUUGAGUAAGAACGAGAUCCUUCGCCUCACUAUCCGGUAUAUCAACUUCCUGAUGGAGCUCCGUGACGACCAGAGUGACGGCGAUGUCGAAGAGCCAGAAGCAGUAGCGGCACCCAUGGAGAUUUACGAGAACAUCGAACCGAUGCCGACGAUGGUGAAAACCGAACCCGAUCCCAACUCACCAAUCGAAGUCAUGGGGUACCCUCCGAUGACAUGCGAGCCCGUCCGAAACCGAGCGAGGAGCAGCCGAAGUUCGUCCGAGAGUGGGAUCGGCGAUUCGGAAAGCAUUUGUGGCAGCACGGGAAGCAUGUGCGGAAGCGCGAACAGCGUUUAUUUUAGCGAUGACAACCUCUGUUCCGGUGACACCAGCCCGCCGUGGUAUUCAUCACCAGCAAGUGAUGAGAGCCUUUAAGAUACAACCAUCUCUUUUGACAGAUGAACUUACUAGAACUGAACUUUGUCAGAUAAUCACACUUGCCUUCUGGUUGUUUUGAGAUGGUGACGAAAGAAACUGGAAACUUGUAAAUUGUGAACAUUUAUGUAUGCAUGUUGAUUCAGACAUUCCUAUUCUUCAUUCCAUAUUGUAUUAAUCUUAUUCUGAGGGCGCCGUCGUAGACUUUGAAACAAUUGGAGAGACUCGAGUUUUGAAAGAUGAUAAAAGGAGCUGAAAAAUGUAGAAGUUACGAUAAAAGAUGUGAACUCCAAGCUACGUGCCCUUGCAGUUUUCGACUUAAAGCUGCAAAUUAUUCUUGUGCGAUUGAUUGGAUAUUUUGCUACAUCAGCGGACCGUGGGAGGGGGACGUAGCAAACUAUUUCCUCUUUGAGACGGGAAACUUCCCGGUGUAAUUGACAUAUUACACCGCCUGGUCUGCUGAGUUAAGGUGACCUGAACAAAAAGGAAGAGGAAAAAGUGAUUGAACUCUCUCCCGAUUCGCCAUAAUCCAAUCAUUUUUCGCCCUCUAUCAAGGAGAUCAUUCCAAUCUUCAUUCCUUCUUUCUUCUCUCAUUCCAUUCGUUUUGACGUGAUAGAAUUCCAUCUGGGAAUUGCCAUUCCAGCGCGCAUGCGUAGUAAUAACCAGACGGUUACAUUCCAAGCUGCCAAUCAGCGGCUAGACGUAGUGAUGGCAACUAUCGAAUAAUUAAGAAAAUUGCAUUAAAGCGUGUCACAUAUUUGUGAAAAUGUAUAGCGGUAAAGUGUAAGCAUCAAUUAAUGCAAAUGUGUUGAUAUAUUUCAUGUAUAGUCUAAUGCUGCCAAGCCGUUCUAAAUACGAACGUGUUUUUACAUUUCCCUGUUGUUUUAGCCGCAAAGAUUAUAUAUUCAGUGCUCUUAUGUUCUUUAAAAUAAAUCAAGAUAAUGACGAUUACAGAUGUAUUAUGUUGACGAUGCACUUGAUUUAUCUUCUGCAUUGACUUUACUUUACUCACCUGGUGAUAAAAUUAACACACGGUAUUUGUUUGAUAUAUUUGCGGCAUCAACAUCCGGGUAAUUAAAAUAGAAUCCAAUUUGUUGUACCACUUUUAUCAAAAGAUGUCAUAAUGACUAAGAACGUAGAACAGCGGCUUUAUUUUAGUAUUGUCUCAAAUUUGAAACCCCCUGGUUUCGAUGGAUUCGAUAGUUGAAUUUGUUUGGAAGUCUAUUUCAGAGGUUUAUAGAAUAUUUGUAUUCAAAUUAUUCAAACAAAUAUUAUUCGCUCUGUCCUUUGUGGCAUUAUUCUUGAUUUGGAAAUAAGUUAUGAUUCAAAUGAUUUAUGUUUAAAAAAUCUUUAUGUGGCACUUGCAAAAUUGAUCUGAUUACGAUAUAUGUAGUCGGAAUAUUCCUGGAUUUAUAAAAAUAAAUCUUUUUUUCUAUUCUUGUAUGGGUAGUUAAAUUCAAUACCUCCCAUGAAAACAUAGAAAUCACAUUUUCUCUGUGACAAGAUUAUAUUUAUAUACGUAUUGUUAUAUUCUCAUUUCACAUGAUAAGUUGUUAGAUUGAUAUGACUGCGUAUAGUCAGCGCUGAAUAUAAAUGCAUAUUACUAUAAGUUGCACAAUGUUAAACUGACUUUCUAUACAAAUAUAUGAGGCGAUCUAUUAUCUGCCUUUCAUUGUAAAACCAACCACUGCGCUUUAGCUGCUGUAUUAUGGUUUAUACAUGUUAUAGCGCGGGAUGAAAUUAUUUGUAACUUCAAAACAUUCUAUUUUGUAUAAUCUGAAUAAUUCCAUUAAAUCAUUGUUACACAUUCCUAUGUCCAGCAGUCAUGGAAAUUUGCUGAGAAAAUGUAUAAUAGAUAGGUAAGAUUGAUGGGUUAUUGAAAAACCUAACAUCACUUAAAAUAAUGUGUAAUCUUUAUCUCUUCACGAUAAUAAUAUUUUGAAAUAACUUUACUUUGUCUUCUGUCUGUUGGGAACUCACUAAAAGUAAUUUUCGCGAACAGUUAUUAAAAUGAUUCUUAAAAUCUUCGACAAUGAUAUACACACCCCCUAAGAAAUCUCAAUUUUUCUUGUCAAGGUCAUUCCAUUUCUAAUUUGUAUGCCUAUUUUUUUCGGAGCCAGCUCUAAAAACCAAGGUGGACUUACAAACAGGUGGCUUGCCAGAACAUCACAGCCGCUAAAGCCAGACAAAAAUGGCAUAAACAAUCCAGAAAAAUUGGCUGCUCUGGAGGAAUAAGCAGGUUCAGUGUCUGUACCUUGCCUAUUUUAAUGUCUGCCAUUUUGUUUAUUAACGAGUCGAAUUUGAAAUUGGGGUCAAAAUUAAGAAUACGAGGUGUUGUACCAUAUUUUGUACCACUCAACAACAGUCUAGCUAUAAUUGAGGCUAAAAAUCGCAUUACGUGGGCCAAAUUUCUAAACAGACAUAAACAUGUUUUGUAACUUGUUACCCAGACUGUUUGAAACUAGAAAUUUACAAGUUCAGUCGCACAAAUAGCCUACUUUAACAAUAUUUCUAGUUAUGUAUUGGGGGAAACGUCUUCCAUGUCAAUACAGUUUUAGGAACGGCAAUAUGACCUAUUAUGGCAUGACAUUUAAGCGGAUGAUUUUAGACAUCAAUUAGAAGAUGUCCAUGACGGAAGGUCCUGUUUCACCAAUGACGAUUGGUGGAUCACAUUAAUUGAGGUAAUCAUGAAUCUUUAUGUUUCAAUAGUGAGUUCCCUUCUCAUAACGGUGUUAAAGUUGUAUGCAUAGUAGCCAACAGUUACAUUCCAAACUAUUCAUAUUUUUCUAAUAAUUUGACGACUGUUUUUCAAACUUCCUACGAAUGCUAAGUUUAACCAAAGAGAUACUAAUAUCUCUUUGGUUUAACACGGGAUUUUCAACCAUUCCGAUAUGCUUCUAUCAUUCUACAAAAAUCUAAAAGCAUUCCAGUCUUAUCAGCUGUAAAAGUGAAAAUCAAGUUCUUUUAAUUGUUGGGUGGGAUGUUGCUGCGUAACGAAAUUCACAAAACUUAAACAGUGAGCGGUUCGCUUUUGCAACACUAUCAUCGUCAUAGUUAGAUCAUGUGAAUCAUUGAGCAAGUAGUGAUGUAAUUGUAUACACGCAUGUUCACAAAGUUAAAUAGAUUGUUCAUCCUAGCAUUCUUAUCAUUUGCGGUGGUAAAUCAUAGAGAUAUAAAAAGUAGGGGUAAUGAUGUACCCCUUUCGGUCCACCACGCCCCCUACAUCCCUCUGGUAUUGAAUCAAUGGACUACCCCGAACGCUUGCUCUUUGCUGUUUCAGGGGGUAGUUCUAUAAUAAUUCGUACAUCAUUAGGAAAAAGGGGGCUCAAAAGGUUUUGAUUUACAGACUUUCUAUGUUAGAAGGAGGAAAAAUUUCUGUGAUACUCGUAAUGUUUCAAUACGUACAUUUCGAUAUGUAUGCGAUAUAUAAAUAAUUGAGAAACAUAUUGAUCUGAUACAUGGGAGAAUGGGGGCAUACAAAUUCAUUUCUUGGAAUAAUAACAUUGAUUAUUCCUUCCAAACAUUAUAUCAACAGUUCAACUAUAUUGUUAUGUGUAUUCAAUUAUAUCUGAUUUGUAUCUUAUUUGCCUUUAGAUUGCUUUGUGACUGCUGUAUUUGAAUCAGUUAUUAGUUUAUAGAAGAGGAAAAUUAUUCCCUUGUUGAUAUCCGAGCAUUUAUUUGAAAGCACAAACCGAAACAAUGUCGUCUAGCCACACUUUACCCGAUCUGUCGCGAUAUUAUGUUUAUAUAUAGUUCUACAAUUUUAUGUUUGUAUAUUUGUUGUGUUGAAGUUUUAUUUUCUAUGGUUUGCUGUGACGCGGCUGGUACCGCAAUUUUCUUUUCUAUUUUGUUUAUUUCAACUACAAGAAGAAUUAAAUAUAUUAUAAAAUUGUCUAGCUGUUUGACACGAAAUGAAGGCUGGACGAAAGUUACAAAUGUUCAUUCCUAUAACUAUUUGCGAAAAGUGUUUAUAUUAUUGUACAUUCCUGCUAUUAUGCUUGCUAUUUUGUGUAAAGUAGAAAAUAUUUUUGCACGUUUUAUAAUCUAUUUAGAUAAAAAAAAAUACUAAAGGCAAUGACUCGAUGAAUAGAAUAUAAGGUCCUUUCACACGGUGAAUUUGAUAUGUACAUCUACCUGCAUGUAAAGCUCACGUGUGAAGGGGACCUAACGUGCAUGGGAGCAAUGCAAUUGGCAAGGCAAGUAGAUUCAGCGAGCGAAGUUUUCAUAUCAUGUUUUGUAGACUUAUGAGAAGAUUCCACGUACGUACAUUCCUAUAUUUUCAUGUCAUAAAAAAGAGAGUGUAAAAUAUAAUAAUAAAAAAGAUAAAUCAUUCAAA